CUUGGAAUGUAAGAAAUGAUGCCAGGGCACACAAGACACCGUACGAUUACCAUCUGGCUACAAAACCUACGUGUGAUUGUGCCUGUUCCAGAUUUCAGCUUUUUUUCCUUCAAUAUCAUAGACAUGUACGUCCAAUUCGGGUGUGGACUUAUCCAACAGCUCAAGACUUGGGCUCAUACUGCUGUAAACCUUCAGUUAAGCCCCGGACACUAUUACAUAUUCAAGACACAGAGGUAAAAAGGGGGCGUUGUCACCCGUUGAACAGGUGUUGGGUUCGACACAGGUGACUGGCGUUCCGUCUGGCUACACCAUUUGCAACAAGUCUCCGCUCUGCAGACGUGACUUGAGAGAGAAAAUUGACACCUAACAACUAGGAAUAUGGCAAGCCAGUGGGCAGUACAAGGGGUGAUGGAGAAGCCAGCAAAACGGGCGAGAUAUGAGAACGGAGGCACCGAACAAGUCCACGAGUGCGAUUCGAAACCGAUUGGAAGAGUGCAGCCUGGCCUGCUGGCCGCUAAGCCCAAACAUGGGGCCUUUGUCACCGUCAGGUACCAAGAAGGAGCCGAACCUCACCGACAAGAGAUAAUGGCGAUGAUCAGGAGGCUUCAGGAGUACGGGAGCGCCGCAGGAGAGCGAACCUGGUCCGUAGUGACCUUCAAUCCUGAGCUCUGGGAAAACUGGCAAAACGGUCAAAUAAGUCUGGAGAAGCGUCCGGAGGGGAGAUACCUUAUUCCCAACUCCACCAAGUUUGUCAACACCGGCGGGGACAUGUUCUUCUUUCUCAAGUCCGACUCCAUGGAGCACAUCGGAUGCCUGAAGGACAUGGUCAGCCAACAACUGAACGCCUUCCAAGACGUCAGCUUCGACAUUCAAGACUCGGAGACGGGAAACAACCGCGUCAUCGGCGGCCUUUUCGCCGACGGACUGGCCAACCCGACGGACGUCGAAAACAUCGACGACUUCGUCAUCACCACGGAGGUAGACAAGGGCGCUACCGGGGGGUCGUAUAUGCUGACGCAGAAGUUCGUCUUCAACUGGACCAUUCUGGACAACAUGACGCGGGACCAGCUGGAGAACAUGAUCGGGAGGACCGUGAAGGACGACAUCCUGGUGGUCGAUGACCCGCGGAGGCACACCAAAUGCGCACACCUCCUGGACGAAAAUGGGAAACAUCCCCUGAUCUUCCGGCAGUCCAUGCCCUACGGUCUCAACAAAACCGGCAUCGGCCGCGAGGAGGGCGCCUUCUACAUCUCCUGCGCUAACACCUGUCAGCGUUUCCUUGACAUUCUAAAGCAGCUCGUUGCUCAAGAAGACAAGCUGAUCAGCACCGUGCACGCAGAAGAAGGCAGCCUCUGGUACGUGCCAAGCGCUGACGAGCUCGGCCUGGCGCCAGUCCCAGUCCGUGAGCAACUGACCUUGAUGCCACAGUGGGACGUCAAGAGCGACAACGGCUACAUGUUCUACAACAGCCGAGAGUACAUGUACCGGAUGACUACAGGCGGUUACAUGGACACUCAGCACACACCCAGCAGCCGUGUCCUGAAACUCAUGGGCCGGGUCCUGACCGACUGGCAGCGCAGCUGGUUCGAGAAGAUGGACGAGCCCCUCAUCCCUGAUCUCCAAACCUUUCUCAGCAAGGAAGACCGCAAGCUCCUCGACAACUAUGACAACGCCGUGCCCAUCAGGAAAGGUCUGGCCACAUUCUACACCCUGCAGCACAUCGUCAGCACACCUCCCUUCUCCCGGAAGUUCGACCUGUACCGUAUCUACCCAGAUGAGCUGAUCGUGGGAGUGAUGCCUAGCUUCGCGUUUGGUCUGGGGAAGAGGGUGAUGCCGUACCUGACACCUGAGGAGCAGAUUCCUGCCUUUCAAAUGGGCGUCAACGAAGGUGCAGCUAUUGGACACGUGGUGCCGGAUUAUCAGGUCAUUCUCGACAAGGGUCUGCAAGUCCUUAUUGAUGAGAUGGAGAACAGCGCAAAGUCCGCGCAGACGAAGGAUAAACAGAUGUUCUUCAUUUCAGCUGCGAAGUCGUUGCUUGGGGUGCAGGCUUAUAUAGAAAGCUAUGCAGUACUGGCUGACAACUUGUCCACCAAGGAAACGUUUACCGAAGAGCAGAAGGCAAAUCUUCGACAGGCUCGUGACCGCAUGAAGAAGCUCACAAAGGAGAAGCCGGAGACGUUCCUAGAGGCCAUACAGCUUCUCUUCGCGAUGCAUUGCUGUCUACACAUCGUUGGUGAGCUGAUCUCUAUCGGUAGACUGGACGUGCUGUUAGGACCGUUCUACGCCAAGGGCCAGGCAACCAGGGAGGAAGCCCAGGAAAUCAUCGACUGUUUCUUCAUGAAGAUCGGCGAGAGAACCCUUCUAAACCGCCACGCAGCGCAGGAUAAUAUCUACCCGGGUAUGUGUGCCGUUCCCUAUAGAAGCGGUGGAAACUUCCCCCAGGGCGGCUGCAUGAACCAGUGGGGACAACAGCUCACCAUCGGCGGUUACCUGUCGAACGACGACGACGUUCCGACGACUGCUUGCAACGAAGUCACCCUAAUGUGUCUCCGGGCUUCCAGGCGUCUUCCUCUGAACGCUCCUUGCCUGACCUUACGACUACACCGAGGUAUCUCCCAAGAGGUGUUGAAGGAGGCUGCCAAAACCCUGCUGAGUGGAGGGGCUCACCCGGUCCUGCUGCAUGACGACAGGCUGAUUCCAGCCCUGCAGGACUCCGGGAGGAGGGGGAUUCCCGUCCGCUUGAGUGAUGCCAGGAACUACGCCUGUGAUGGUUGUUUCGAGCCCGUGUUCGUCGGUGCCUCCGAGUUCGCCUUCGCCACUUUUCCGAUGCUCGACGCUGUUGAAAUGGCCCUGAACGAGGGAACGCUCUACUCCCAGGCAGGUCCAACUUUCCUCCGGGGAUCCAAGAAAUCCUUUCCCUCGCCACAUGCAGCCGAGAUCAAAACGUUCGAGCAAUUCCAGGAGAUUUUCUUGCAACACCUUCGCCUACAUAUCCCCCUGCUCGUGUCUUUCCUCGCUGGUGGUUACGGCAACAUCGUGAAGGUGUGCCCCAGCCCUCUCCUGUCUGUUAUGAUGAGAGGAUGCAUAGAGGCCGGCCGGGACCAUUCGGGCGGCGGUACGGAGUAUCAUGAUCUGGGCUUCAUGUUUCCGGGUGGUACCAAUGCCAUCAACUCACUCUACGCGAUCAAGAAGUUAGUCUACGACCCCCUCACCGCGCUGACGACCCUCCCGGAUCUUCUGACCUGUCUGAAGUGUGACUGGGGCCACAACAUGAAGGAGUACCUCAUCGACGUGCGAGCCGGGACGGGCAGAGGGGAGGCGCAGGCAAGCUUCUUCAGGCACCUUCGAGACGAAGCCGUGUCCCUCCCAAAGUUCGGCCACCGCGAAGACGCAGAAUUGAAGGAGCUGGCCACCUGGAUGUUCGAAAACGUCUUCAAGAUCCUGAGGGAGACCUUCGAGAAUGCUCCCACUGGGGUGAAGGAGAUCUUUGAGCGCCUGGAGAGGGAGUACUCUCUCCCCGACAGGCCGUUCGGCUUCGUGACGCUUGUAGGGAUAGGCACGUUCGAGGCCUACGUCGGGUACGGGCUGAACAGUGGGGCGUCGGCGGACGGGCGGCGGAGCGGCCAGCCGAUAGCAUCGGACCUGAGCCCGGCACCAGUACCUCAGGACCUGCCCGCUAGGCCUGACAGCUACAACAUUUACGAGGCCCUGAAAUGUUGGGACCUUGAUGUCAUCAACAUCGGCAUGUCGUGCGGCUCUGAGGUGGAUCUGAUGAUACGUGAAGACUUCCCGCUGGAGGAGCUGGUCAACUUUCUGCGACACUACUCAGACCUGGACGUCCCCAUUGGCUCCAACGUCAUCGCAAUCACGUGUGCUAAUCCGGAGACACUGGAGAAGGCAUCCAAACAGACCGAUCCAUACGAGCUAGUGCGCGUGCGCCAGGGCGGUUGGACCGAGUUCUUCAUCACCUUAUUCCCGGUGCACCAGGGCCAACAGCGACGCCGCAUGUACGUCAAGCCAUGACGUGUGUACGUCAAACCUUGACGUGUGUACCUCAAACCAUGACGUAUGCACAUCAAACCAUGACGCAUGUACGUCAAGACAUGACGCAUGUACAUCAAACAGUGACGCAUGUUCGUCAAGCCAUGAUGCAUGUACGUCAAACCACGACAUGCGCACCCCAAAUCGUGACAUUGGACAGUCAUUCUGUGUUUUAUUGAAAUAAGGGUGUAAAGGGUAAAAAAUGUAUGGGAAUUUUAAUCAAGAUUAUGUAUGACUCUAAAGAUCUCUUUUGUGACGGGAGGCCAACAUGAUUCGGAUUUCAGUCGGUGGUUGUGGUGACAUUGGAGCGAUGCAAUAAACAAAGAUGGUUUCAA